CAGACACAAGACUAUUGGAAUAGUUAGAGAGAUGUUUCCGGAGAUACGGUCAUCACCAAAAACCAACAAAAAGUUGAACCGGGCUAUCAGAAGGGUGAAAGUCAACAGACAAUACUAUGGUAACCUCAAACAAAGAGCUGUGACACAGGGACAAACAGUGCGUCAGAUGCUCAAUAAGACAAAAAGAGGUGAAUCAACUUGCCCCCUCGAUGACCAAACAAGCACAGACCUGAUGACAAUUGAUCAUGACCGAGAACCAGAAUUCAACCAGCAAGAUGAUUCUGCUACCACCAACAACACAGACCUUGAAGCCAAUACACCUGUUGAAGCAAACAAAACUGCUGGAGCCAACUUUACAGUUAUAGCAGAAAUUCAUCAAGAGUCCCAUGAUACUGAUAAUACUAUAUAUGAAGCAACACCCAUUCAAGACUUAGAUGCAGAGCCAACUGAUGAAAUAUCAACUGUUCCAACUGAUGAAAUAUCAACUGUUCCAUCUGAUGAUAUUUCAUCUGAUGAAGAAAUGGAAAAAAAACUGAUACAUUAUUGUCAACAUUUUUAAAUGUCGAUUUCAUUUAUCAUGUAAAUGUAUGUUGUUUUUUUUAAUUACAUUUCUGUUAUCUCAUGUUAUUUAUUAUAAUUACAUUUCUGUUAUCACAUGUUAUUUAUUAUAAUUUAGUGGGUCAAUAUAAAUUAAAUAUUGAAUACCUAUCCAACUGCCUCUGUUAACUAUAAGUAACUUUUUUAAGCAAGAUUGUUCUAUGAUUUUUUGAAUUGAAAAUAUAUCAUAAUUCAAAUUGUUCAAUUUUGAAGUUUUAAAUUACAUUUUAGAAAAAGAUUUGUUUGUGCAUGUUGUGUAACCCAGCAGUUUUUUUUUUUUUUGGCAUGGCAUCGUAUUUUGAGAAACCAUACUUUGUUCAUAAGGAUUUUUUAAUGAAAUGUCUUAUCGUGCCAUCACUGGAAACAAAUUUGGAUGAGUUAUCUUAAUAUUAGCUCAUAAAAAAAAUUGCACAAAGAAAAGAAUAUUACUUUAAAACCUAAAAGACUGAUAUCAGAUAAAAUUGUAUGAACAUUAAAGAUAAAUUGUAGGGCUAGUCUAAUGAUUAUGGCACUUAAAAUUGUGGCAUUAUAUUUCUCAUGUUUCUUUUUUAAUAUGUUAACAAGUUUUGAACUUCAUAAAUGUCUAAAAUAGAGUGCCCAAAACUUUCAUGUAUUGAUUUUUUGUAAAUUUUACAAAACUUGAUAUGUAUGAUUAAAUGAGAGAGGAAGGAUAAAUUAGGAUAUACAUUUUUAUAUUGAUAUAUAUAUAUAUAUAUAUAUACAUACAUGACAUAUGAUCAUCAAUAUAUAUUCCACAUUGUAUUUAUUAAAAGAAUUGCCAAAGGCAA